AUGCUGCCGGCGCUCGACAGACCACGAGGGGACGGUGGUCCUGGCGGUCCCUUAGUACCGUUGCCGUUGGAGAAGCCUAAAUUCCACCAUGGCGAAGCUCGCCCGAAGCGGCCGAAGAAAGAAAAGCCACCUAAACGAGCCAAGCGCGGAGAGCGCCAGUCCAUAGGCGACGAAGAUUUCGGACAGAGCACGUUGUUGGACGAUGAGCUUAGAGGGCAUGUUAACGCCAGGACUAUCGCGGCGGCUAGCGUGGAGAUGGCCCGAUCGAAACCACAGCAGCAGCACCGCCAGCAGCGCAACAAUGACGGCGGCACUCAGGACGGGGAUGAGGAUUCGAGGCUGUGCCAAGAGCUCCUCUCCAAAGCCCCCCACGGUCAUAACGAUGCCUUCAAGUAUUGGUCUCGCUCACUCAGGCUCUACGUGGCGCAGUCCCACCCCGAGGAAUUCGCCCUGAUUCAACUGAAGCUGGCGCAAACGUUUUACACUACGGCCAUGCUGGGCACCGUAGUCAAGGAUGUGCUAAAGAGUCUCGAGAGCUGCCUUCACCACUACAACAUCUGCUUGCAGCUGUACAACCCUUCCCGGUACCCCCGGCGAUGGGGCUUAGCCGCCCUUGAGAUGGGGAUGGCCUUGGGAGCCAUGGCGGAUCUCGUCGAGCGGGAAAUCCAGCGGGUGAAGCCAGAUGCCGAAGCUGGAACGGAUGCCGUGGCGGGUUUCUACAAGGAGGUCGCCGUUUUGACCAACAAGGUGGAGUACGCGCGAGGCAUCUUGCGAAGAUUAUCUGGAGACCUGGGAGAGAAUCGUGAACUCGCCGUGUUCAGCCUAGAAAAGGCCAUCCAAGACUACGAGGUCUUGGUCAACGACGAGAGCCUCAAGAACGAGGGACCCGGCAGCCCUAUCGACCGAGGCCCGGCGCACGCCUACCAGCUUCCCGUCCGCGUGGUAAGCCGGACCUCAGACAACAACAACGACAUUGAGGCAGAGGAACGCCUCCCCAUGCGCCUUCGAGGGGUUAAGGCGGCGUACGGGCGGGCGCUGGGCACAGCCGGAAAGCUCUGUCUGGACAAGCACGCUGCGACGGUCGGCGGCAACCCAGAAUCGGCCGCUCAGGCUUGGGAACACCUCACCAAGGCUGCAGAGGUGAUUCCCGAUGACACCCGAGAUCGGGCCGAGGCCUUGCUCCUGCUGGCUAGGGCAACCAUCGAAAAAAGCCGAGCCGCUGCUGCCAAUGUUCCCGGUCGGCGGCGGCUGCAGUCGCCGAGCGAAGCCCUGGAAACGGGCAUCGGGCACCUUAGGGCCGCCUUAGAGACGUGUCCACAAAAGCAACUGGGGCUUCGGCAAGAACUCCACUGGAACCUUGGCCGCCUCGCGCUAGCCCGCCUGCAAGGCAGGCUCCGCUCUGCCGCGGACGCCAUCACCUCUGCCUCCCCUUUCGGUACUGCCAACGGAGCUUCGGCCGCGCCUUCGGGCGGACGCACGCCGCUUAUACGUCUGGCACGGGAGGCCGGGGGGCAUCUGUCGGAGGCGAUCUCGCUGGCGCAAGCGGCGGUAGAGGUAGCGGCGACGGUCGCCGCCGCGGAGGCUAGAACGAAUCUGGCCGCGAAUGGGACGGGGGCGGGAUCGGGGGCGGUGGGGGAUGACGGGAUGCGCGCAAGAGAGGGCUGGGCGAGGGCAGAGCUGUCAAAGCUGUGCUUGACAGGAGUAGCACCGGACUACUACCCCGCGGUCGCGAUUGAGCACCUCCGCGUGGCGCGCGAGAUACACCCGCUGGACCAGGCCCCGGCGGAAUACGUCACUUCGACUUGCCUCCUGGCGAAGGCUUUUCAUUUGACGGGGGAGCCCGAGAGGAGUAUCCAGGCCUACAGAGAAGCUGCGCGGGCGGCUCCGCUGCUUGGAAACCAACUUCACCACGCUGACAUGGACUUAAACCCUGGGGCCAUCAUUCCGGGGAAGGUAAACACCGGCCCUCUCGCUUCUCCUCGAAGACAACCGUACCAAACGAACGACGACGGCCGGUCAACCACGUUCAUGCCGUCUCUAAGCGUGGCCUUGAGAGGCCUGUUCGGCAGCGGCACGGCCCGCUGCCUGGACCGUUGUAGGGAAGAGAUGGUGGUCGCCUCGAAGGCGAUGCGGGACGGUGGUGGGAUGGCCUCGGAGCCGAGCUUUCGCACGGUCGGCACGGCUGGAACGGGCAGCGUAGCGUCGGGGUUGGGAGCGGCAGCUCGCCCCUCCUCGAAGCACAAGCGCGUGGUGGAGUGGACGUGGGUCCCGGACCAAGACGGAACGCCGGACAAUCCUAUCGUAAAACCCUCGGCCGCAGAGGCCGGAAGAGCGACGACAACCUCUGCCACCGACGACAGAGACAACGCCACGGUCCCCGAAAACGUGAACGAGGCGUACCGAGCGGAAGACUUGGCCCGUUGGAAGCCCGGGCAACUGAAGGAGCUCCUGACCAAUCUAGGUUUGGACGCGUCCGGCUGCGUGGAAAAACGCGACAUAGUCGACAAGAUCAUGCGGCAUCCCGGAGGCCCGGCGGCGGCGGCUGCCGCGGCAAUCGCCCGCGGCGAAACUGUGGCCGCUGCGCCUCCUAGUGGUCGGCCAACGGGGGAAAAGGGUGGAAGUGAAGCCGGUGGCCUUCAACCUGGCGGUGUUGGGGACGGCGAUGUAGCUAUGGGCAAGACCGCGGUUGUUGUUACCACUGACGACGACGAGGAGCAGGACGGCUUCGUCGGCAUGACUCUCGCGGACUACAUGGGCAGGCCUACGGAAGAAAACAGCAACGAUCACUACCACGACAACAGAGGAGGAAAUGGAGCCGGCAGACCAGGUGGGCCGCGAGGGCGGCCUACAGGUGGUAGCGACGGCGCCGCUCGAGGGGGCAAUCGAAUGGAUCCGCACGCGGCUGCGUCUUCGGUAUCCGGGUCUGCGGGAGGCGGGGGCCGAGGGGAUGUCUCGUCGGCGGCGUCAGGGAGGGGGGGCAAGGUGGUACGGUUGGCGCCGGCUCACAUCGCGCCGCCGUCUAGGCCAGCACCCGAGUGGGUCGUGGACAUGCAGAGGGACAAAGUUUCAGCACCCCAGCGCAAGGUGGUUAUCAAUCGUCCCUUUCCGUUCUCGGGGGUCAUUAGCCCCGCCGCCGCCGCCGCACGAUCGGGUAACAAGAAACGUCGAAACCGCCGCCGCAGCAGCAGCGGCGGCAGCGGUGGCGGCUGUUCCGACGACGAGGACGACGACGGAAUUGUUCGAGCGCAAGCACACGCGCUUCAGGCGUUCAGGUUCCUCUGUCGAUCCGGGCAGCUUUUUCUGGCGGAGCAGCUGGCGAUUUCGGGAGUCUGGGAUGCCGGGAAAACUGGAUCCACCGACGAAAAAGAUCUAAUCGCCGCCAGUCCGAGGGGCCUGGCCAGCACAAGCGCCAACCGUGGAGGUGGAGCAAGGAGCGAAGGCCUCCGAGCCGCUUGGAUGGCAACGAGACUCAAGCCUGCAGCAAGGACGGCGUUGGCGGAGAGGCGGGAGAGGGUUAGGCAGGCCCUGGAAGACGCCCGACGGUUCGCCGGGGCACAAGGGGCGAUAUUUCUCCUGCCGCGGGUUGGCGUCGAGACCGCCGCAGCGGCUUCGACGGAGUGGGACCUGCGAGCUGUGCCGUCGCAGGGCGAGGUUGUCAAACAACUGCGGAGCUUUGAAAAGUGGUUGGUUCGCGGCGGGGUUUGGUCCGCCCAGCCGUUGCUGGCGCUGCUGACGACUUGCGGCACGGCCGCCCCGCGAGGACUGAAAGCGGGGACGGGGGCUGACGGUUCAGGCGCCUCCACCGCCAAACCCUCCUCAGAAAGGGAGUUUGUCGCCCCGUCGGAGUAUCCCACUGAGGAGGCUCUUGCCGAGAUGGUCGACCCUUACGAGGCCCUCGUCUGCUGGUUCUAUCUACCGGACGGUGGCAGCAGCGACGUCGGCGGAGGUGCAACCGACGGUGCUGGCGGCGGUGAUGGCGAUGGCGGUGGCGGUGGCCGUAGCGGAUUCGGCCAGGAGGUCGCAUGCUUCGUGGCGUACCAUGACGAAGGAAAACGGCGGCCAAGCGACGACCACGGCGCCAAGAACGGUCAGGGAGGAAAGGACGCGAAAGCAGUGACCGAUCUCGAAGCCAAGCGAGCAGCGAUCGCGGCGAGAGCACGUGGUCGGCGACAGCAAGGCGAGGAUGCCGAUGGCGGGUCUCAGUAUUCGGACUCGUCGAUAUCGAGCGGUGACGGCAGCGACGGCGGAACCAGCGGCGGGGGAGGAAGCGACGAUGAACUAGACGCCGAAGACUUUGAGCCGGGGGCGCUGCGCGUGCGAGUGGUCUUGGCCAGCCCCGGCACGACCCAGCAGCUUCGGAAGGCGACCGAGGCGUUCUUGAAGACCCUCCGGAACCGUAACCCUGUGAAGCGCAACGUCCUUUCCGCGUUCGCCUUGCAAGACCUGAGCAUCGCACUGGGUGUUCCGAAGAUUUUCAAGGCAUUACCUCCGCACAUACAGGAAGUAACCAUAGUCCAGCAUGGACUACUAGGAGUUGUUCCGGUGCAUGCCCUUCCGCUCGAAGAGAAGUCCACCAACGAGCCUGGGCGGCCACGUUCUGCGGCCAUGGGGCGACCACCGACUGCGGGAAGCGCAGGAGGAGGGAGGGGAGGGGGUGCUGGUUUGGCGGCACCUAUGGCAGUGCUUGACAGGUACUGUGUCCGGUACACGAGCAGCCUUUACGCGCUCGAGAUAGCGGAAAGAGCGGCGGCGGCCGCCAUAAGGGAAAUACCAUGGUAUUUCAACACGUGCUGCGUUGUCGAAGACCCCCUCCGCCACGUGAGCUCCGAAGACGGCUCGAGAGACCCGAAGGCGCGACGCGGCUCUUCGACAGGUGCCGACGGCGGCGGUGAUGAUAACCCUAUGCGGGGGCAGUCCAUGGGGUUGCGACACAGUCGUCACGAAUGUAGGGUGGUGGGGGCGACGUGGAGCUCCGACCCGGACGAUUGCCAUUUCUGCAAGGAGGAGUCAGCCACGCGUCAGACGCUGACUUCAAUCGUCUCGAGCGGGGGAGUCAUGGCUGGAGGGCAGCACGGCCGCGGCGGCGGGCGGGGGACGGGUAGAGGAAGAGGAACCACCGUCGGGGGGGCAAUGUCGACCGCCACCGCUAAGACGAUGGGGGGGGCUCUCGGUAAGGCAGCGGCGGCGGCAACGCCCGUGGAGAUAGCGGCUGCGGCCGCGGCAAACACUGCGAGGCUUUUUGCGUCGAAGCUCAAUCAGGUCGACGCCGCCUCGUUCCUCAAGCAGCUCCACCUGCGUAGCUGCGGGCUCGUGGUGCUGUCAAGGGGGGGGUUCGUCGACGACAUGCAAAGCGUGGAGGACGCGGAGACCAUGAUAUCGGCCGGGCAAGAAGUCACGAAGAGAAAGGAAGGCGAGGAUAUUGCGGACGGCGACAAAGAUGACACGCCGCGGAGGAUGGAAACACCACCCCUGGGGCUUGCGGAGGCGUUUAUAGCCGUGGGAGCGCGGACGGUAGUCCAGAAGAUGUGGUACGACGAGGAGACCGCCUUAGUCGAUACGGUGACUCUGCUAUGUUUCUAUGAGGAACUUAAGGAAGCCACCCUGGCGGGAGAAAAACGACCCGUUGGAGUGGCGUUGAGAGAAGCGCAGCUUUGGCUCCGGGGCGCAACACUGACGGACAUUCUCAGCCGGGUCCAGGAUGCUCGUGGGUUGUCACCGGAGGACGCGGAAUCGCUAAUGCAGGAGCUAUCGUCGUUGUUUAAGGUCAUGAGUGAGCGAGGAAACGGCGCGGCUUUGGACAGGCCUUUCAGCAGCCCGUACCAUUGGGCCGGCUUCCAGGCACGGAACACCGCUCGGAGAUGA